UUGCGGCCAACAAUGAGUGACCUUCCAACAUAUUCCGUACAUCCCGGGGAGUCACCCUUGGAGCCAAAGGGUGGCCUUGACCCGUCAUCUACCAUGGGAAAAAUGAAAGACCUCCUUCAGGCGAAAGAUGACACGUCUAGAUUCGUUGGGCUCGCUCUUCUGAAGUCUGUCCUUGACAAUGGACAGCUUGCCCAAGACCCCGAGAACUUGCGGUCGCUGUGGGAAGCCUUGUCUCCAAAGUUUCUUGAUCGUCUGCUUCGAGCUCCGCAGAGUGAGAAAGUCAACAAAGCAGAGUCCAUGGACAUGGUCGACUUAGCAGUGGCUGUUCUGCACACAUUUACAAUUCUACUUCCAGCAGAAUCACGAAAACAAAAGCAACUGACAAGGCGGGCAGGUUCUUUGGCCAAGGCAGUGGUGCGGAGUUCUGCCGAGACCACGAAGCUCAUUUUACAGACUCUAUUGACUAUUGUCAGUCAGCCAGAAGGUGCUGUGGAGCUGCUACAUAUCCAGGAUAUCUCCUCGUUGAUCGAAAUAGCUAACCAUUGCCCACUCGUGCUGGAGGUUGUCAAGUACAUGUGGCUGAAUGCAUCUACCAUACCAGACGAGAUUCAAGCGGUCCGGGCAAAUGUCGACAAAAUCAUUCCAUUACUGGUGGUUGUAUUUAAAGGGACCGAUGCAGUCACUUUCAUCAGUUUUCUUGGAGACUUGCUCCCUAAACUAGACCAAGAAGCUCUACUAGGGAACUCGAAAUGGCUCAAGUCUCUAAUCUUGCUUCUACGAAAUCUCAUCACAAGCAAACCCACAGUGGCUGGCAGAGCAGCAUACACUAAACUUGCUGCUGCGCUUCUGCAAGCGUACCCAGCCACAUGCCCCGAACUUCUGUUCAAGGAUGACACUUCAAGCACCGUGGAUAGCAAACCUUUCUCAUAUCUUUUUGUGAAUCUCUUGUUAAUAGAUCUUCGCUCUUCGUUUCCUUCGCUGCUGGCUCAACUAAAUAGCUCCGAUUAUGCAUCAACUUCGCAGCGAUUGGCAGCGGCAUUUGAUGUGCUUUCGAGUUUCAUCGGCUUUCUCGUCCGGAGUCUGGAUGACGAGGGAAUUUCAUCCGGGUACAGUCUGGCACCUGACCUUCUACUGAAACUUCGAAAAGAUAUCGCAGAAACCAUGUCCCUCACAAUCGAAUAUCUUCGCGACCGGUGGGAUGCGUCUGUUGCUGGGGUCUCUGGUCUUCACCCAGAAGCUCGUACUAGCACCGCUGCGACUUCAGAGGGUACUAGACUCACCCUGACAUGGGAAUUGAUGAAAGACAAUGUCAACGCCGACCCCUUGAUUCUUGCUGGAAUUCGAGCUCUUGCAAUAUGGAUCCGCGAAGACGAGAACGAGAAUUUGAGGAACGAGAGUGCUGGGCUUAUGGAUAUGUUUUUAGAACUGUACAAAUCUGGCUUUCAAAGUAGUUUGGACUUUAAAUACCCUGUUCUCCUCGCAUUGGAGGUUAUCCUGAGCGCAGAAGAGAGUGUUGAGAUCUUUCUUGGCCAAACGGGCUGGGAAAUCCUCUUCCUGGAUCUGAAAGCCAUCGUCCAGCAGACUUCAGACGAAAAUGCUCCAAGGGAUGCAUCCGCAUCAGCUGAAGUAAAUCGAGGACUUCAGGUCGUCCGAGUUUUACUCGCUGUAAUCGAUUCCCCAACCACACCUUUCCCGAGGGAGGACUGGAUGGCCGUCGUCACAACCACAGCUGCCAUGAAGAUUUUGAGCAGUAUUCCUCUCCCGAUCAUUCUUGAGUUUCAAAUCGCGAUGCUUCAGCUAUCCACCGCAUUGCUGUCCAAAGCUUCAGGUGGCAUGAUGAAGCGUUAUAUUACCAGCUACGCAGCGCUUUCGGGACUUGUGAACCAGCUGAAGGCUCAGACGAACGACAUGACAGACGAAUUUGAAGCAGCGGAGCUUCGUGGCUUGUUGGAAGAUGUUUCUCUGGAUCUUUGGAAUUUGCGGUAGCAUCGAUGGGGGUGGCUCUUCUGUUGCUGCCAUCUCCAAUGAACGACUUUUGGUAUCACUCAGUAGACAACGAACGUCUCGGAAAUACUUAUCACAAAACGCGACACGACUAAACCCAUGAACGACUCCCUUGAACGAAAAGGUACACUCCGAAUUAUUUGUUACCCUGCAAUGGCCGAGCUAGUCAACUUCUCCUCUUUAGAUUUAAGUCUUCGCAAGAUUGAUUUUCC